CCCCACAAUGCCCCGCGCGGCACCAGGCAUGCUCUCCCCCGCCUCUAGCAGCUUUUCCUCCGGUCUUCCUACAACUCCCACAAGACCCCUCGGCCCAGGCUCGUCUUGGCCCGGCUUAGGGUGGAGGCGGAGGCGGAGGCGCGGGAGUUAUGGAGGGGGCGGGCUCUGCAGGGAAGUGCGUCAGAGGAGGCGCGGGGAGAGUAGGGUGCUGUGGUCGGAGCUGGAGGGCGAAGCCGGUGGAGUGAGAGGAUGGGCGUAUGCAGGUGAUAGACUAGAGACCAAGACUUCUGUCUCCGUAGCGUCCUGGAGCAGUCUGAAUGCCAGAAUGGAUAACCGUUUCGCUACAGCAUUUGUGAUUGCGUGUGUGCUUAGCCUCAUUUCCACCAUCUACAUGGCCGCCUCGAUAGGCACAGACUUCUGGUAUGAAUAUCGAAGUCCUGUUCAAGAAAAUUCAAGCGAUUCCAAUAAAAUGGCCUGGGACGACUUCCUUGGCGAUGAGGCAGACGAAAAGACUUAUAAUGAUGCGCUGUUCCGAUACAAUGGCACAAUGGGAUUGUGGAGACGCUGUAUCACCAUACCCAAAAACACAUACUGGUAUGCUCCACCAGAAAGGACAGAGUCAUUUGACGUUGUUACAAAAUGCAUGAGUUUCACACUAAAUGAACAGUUCAUGGAGAAAUAUGUUGAUCCUGGAAACCACAAUAGUGGAAUUGAUCUGCUUCGGACCUACCUUUGGCGCUGCCAGUUCCUUUUACCUUUUGUCAGCUUGGGUCUGAUGUGCUUCGGGGCUUUGAUUGGACUCUGUGCCUGUGUCUGCCGCAGCCUGUAUCCCACCAUUGCCACGGGCAUCCUCCAUCUCCUUGCAGGUCUGUGUACACUGGGCUCUGUAAGUUGUUAUGUUGCCGGCAUUGAAUUACUACAUCAGAAACUGGGGCUGCCUGAGAAUGUAUCCGGAGAAUUUGGAUGGUCUUUCUGCCUGGCCUGCGUCUCAGCUCCCUUACAGUUCAUGGCGUCUGCUCUCUUCAUCUGGGCUGCCCACACCAACCGGAAAGAGUACACCUUAAUGAAGGCCUAUCGAGUGGCAUGAAGGGGCAGCUGCCUGCUUGACAAUUGACGUUUUUAAUUUUUUUUUUUUUUUACUAUUGAGGUUUUCCCUUGUCUUCCUCUCAAUUGUCUUUAAUUUUGAUUUUUGAGGAUAUGCCAUUUUAUCCUAAAAGUCCCUUUUAUUUAUAUACAGUGCCACUAAAUACACAUAAAUACCACUUAAAAUGUAUGUGGCUUAUUUUGAGUGGCUCAGUCUUUUUACCAAACUGAUCUAGGUUCAGAAUUCAGACAGAAAGAACUGUACAGAUGUGAACCUACUUUGUGAGAACAUUGGCAGUGGAAAAUUGACCCAGAACAGGGCCUGCUGAUGUCUGCUAAAUCCAGUAGUGUAGUGACUUUUUAUGUGUUGAACUAGAAACUAAUUUCCAUAUGAGAUCUAUUAUCACAGUCAAAACUUUAUGUUUAAUUUCCUGUUGUUGAUACCAGUCAGCUAGUAGUACCAGUGUUCCUAAAGAUGUAUGCACAUAAAAUUGGGAAAUUAUUUUUAGCAUCCUUGUCCCUAAACUUUGGUACAUUGCUUCAUUCAUCUGACAUAAAAUAUGGCAGCUGUUUAUACUGUGAUUGUCUACAAGAAAAAAAAGUGAAAAAUGAUGUUUACUUGAAAUUGUAACUUUUAACUGCAAAGUUUCAAUUCAAUGAGAGAAGCUGAUUAAUCUUACUACAUUAUAUUAAUUUUUUUAAAAAACUGAAACUCAUUAGGAUUUUCAGUGCCACCAAACCAUUGUGACUCUCUGCUGCUUCCCCCUCCACACGCCAGGCUUAUUAAACGAGUGCUUCCUUUUUAACAGCAUUAGAAGAAUCACAGUCCAUUCCCCAACCACUUUGUUCCAGCUAAGUACUAAAUGGGAGGUCCUACCAACAGUGACCCCCAGAACUGGGGGUUCCACCACCACAAGAUCUAAAGCUGUGGCUACUCACUAACUUCCAACUGUAGUCUUUAUUUCUUGUGGUGAAAUGAUGUGCCUUUCCGUGCCCAAAUCCCUUCCUGGUGUGUAUCAGCAUUAUUUAAUGUCUUCUAAUUCAGUCAUCUUUUUUAUAAUAUGUCUGUAAACAUUUAAAAAUCUUAUUUAUUUACUCCAUUACUGUAGAACUUCACAGAUUUAAAAAAAAAUGUAACUCAGUAAUUUCUUACCAAAUCCUAAAUCUGUCUUUUUUAAAAAAAUAAAAAAAGAGAAAUGUGUAGAGUGUGUAAAUUGUUUUAGGUCUCAACAUGUUGAGCUAAAAACUGGGGAUCUUCGUGGACCCCUGUGGGAGACUAGUUAUUCAUGUGUUUGGGUCUGUGUAUUAGCUACUUUUUGUUGUGGUGAUAAAACCAUGACCAAAGCAUCUUUGGGAAGAAAGUUCAUUUUGGCUUACAGUCAGAGGCAGAGUCCAUAAUGGCAGAAGGCUGCUGGAGCAGGCGCCUGAGAAAUCACACCUUCAGCUGCAAACAGCAAACACAGAGGGAGAAUUAAAUGAAAGUGAGGCAGAGAUGUAACUGAGAGUCCACCCAAUCAUAGCAUUUCCUCCAGCAGGCACCAGCCCCUAGAGGUUUCCCCAAACAGCAGCCGGGACCAAGUGUCUAUUGAGGAAACUGGGAGGUCCUUUCCUCAGUAGAAAACCAAGUGUCUUCAAUGAAACAUCGCUUCAAUAGAAAUGAUCGCUUCAUAUUAUACUUAAGGUGCCUGUUUUUUCCUAAGAAGUCAUUUAAUGAGUGGAUAUUUGUGUUCUGGGAGGAGAGAAUUCAGCCAUUGGAUUACCAGUGCUCCUCUUAUAUUUGUGUUCUGCAUUAAUAAAAUGUCAACUUCUGCAUUUA